ACUGCUGGCUGGUGUAUGUGUACUAAUUGGUGUGGUGCUGCCGAAAAUUUACUAUUUUAGAACGAAUAUAAUCUGUUGAUUUAUUUCUAGCAGAACUUAUUAUCAUUUAUCCUGUAUGAUACAACCAUGAACGGUCCAUUAUCAAUGUAUAGUUUGAAGCCUCUAGUUUACUUUACAAAUCCUGUAGACUUGACACCAACCAUGUAUGGAAUGAAGAAUAUUUAUUGGCGUUCGAAUUUCAAUUAUCGUGGAGAAAAUAGUCUUCAAGAUAGCCUUCCCAAUGUUUUGGAACAGGUUAACAAUCUCUUAAAGGGAUCAACAUCUGAAGUAGAAGAUCUAAAAAAAAGACAAGAAGAAAUUUUGAAACAAUUGGCUUUUCUGAAGGAACAGAUGCUCUUUCUUAGAGAAGAAUUAACUAAAGGAGCUACAAACGUAAAACUCUCCGUAGAAUCAAACUGUAACUUAACCGUUUCUUCGUCACACCUAAGAACCACCAAUAAUCCACAUUGGGAUGGUCUGGCUGGUGAGAUGGUGAUCAACGCCAGCCCAGAUAACCCCCCUUACUCUCUGUUGGCGGUGAAUCGGUUGUGGCCAGAGGCUCUUAGGCUACAAGUUGUCUGCCACACUCACUCGUCUCUUGUGUCUCUUUCCCCCCAUUUGUCAUGUUUCUCUUCACUUUUCUUCACACCAGGUCCAAACGUAAAGGCUCGUCUCAUCUGGAGUAACAUGGGACCUGAUUGUGAAUUGGUGGUUUCUCCCAUUAGUCAUUGUCCGAUUCGAGGAGAAGUGAAUGUGUUGCGAUUUUUACAUCGAUCGAUCAACGGCUCAGGAGACCCUAUAUCUGACACUCAGUUAGAUCAUAUUCUGGACGUGUGUCAUAGACUGACACAUGCCCAGAGCCAGCGGGACAGACAGGUCAAUGUCCGUAUGUUGAACUCUCUGCUGGGUCGAUCAUCUUGGCUUGGAGGUGAGAAGGUGUCAGUCGCAGAUGUAGCAGCCUGGUCUGCUAUCAAGAGGUCACCAGGCAUAGACCUCAGUCAGAACAUGGCUCGGUGGAACGAUCAAUGCACCCAGGCAUUUCUAGUCGAUGCAGCUUAAUACUGAUUGUGUUCCUGAGCCUCAAAUAAUAAUAAAAAAUUCAUACAACUA